AUAGUAUUUUAGAAAGUACUGAAAAUAAUGAUGAUUCAAGUUUUACAAGUGAUGAUAAUGAUAUUCCAGCUAUUAGGAAUCAACGAUAUUUAAAAUAUGCUUAUCAACAAUUUAAGCAACAGAUAAAAAAUAUACAAAGAUGA